AAUGGAGCGCGCGCAGAGACAAGCAUGAUUCCUGCAGUAUCACUGUGGUGAGCUUCAAGGACGAGCUGCUGAGGAUGGCGUCUACUUAUGUACAGAUAGAUGAUGAGAACAAAGGAUAUGCACUCAGCCAUUUUUGUGUUCCCAAGCACUACGAAGAAGACUUGGAAAGUGUUAUCAUUCCCAAUGGUCUCAUAAAAGAUAGGACCGAGCGCUUGGCCCGAGAUAUUGUUCGUGAUAUGGGAGGAGAACAUAUUGUGGCCCUGUGCGUAUUGAAAGGAGGGUAUACAUUCUUUGCAGACCUGCUGGAUUACAUUAAGGCACUGAAUCGGAACAGUGACAAGUCUGUGCCGCUGACUGUGGAUUUCAUUAGGCUAAAGAGCUACUCUAAUGACCAGUCACCAAGCUGUGUAAAGGUUAUUGGAGGUGAGGAGUUGGCUGCUCUCACUGGAAAGAACGUGCUUGUGGUUGAGGAUAUUAUUGAAACUGGAAAGACAAUGGAAACUCUGCUAGAGUUAUUAAAUCAAUGUCAACCCAAGAUAGUAAAAGUGGCCAGCCUGCUUGUGAAAAGGACACCGAAAAGCUCUGGAUAUCGUCCUGAUUACUUCGGUUUUGAGGUUCCUAAUAAAUUCCUGGUGGGAUAUGCUCUAGACUACAAUGAAUAUUUCAGGGAUUUAAAUCACAUCUGUAUACUAAGUGACCGGGCGAAAGAAAAGUACAAAAUGUGAAGAGUCGAUGAAGUGGACGCAUGAAGACUAAGAGCACUGUGACCCUCUUCUGCCUCGGUUGUGUUUCUACGGUCUGCUUUAUCUUGAAGGAGUAUGGACUUUGCUUAACCACAGGCCAAAGAUAUUGGGGAAUGAAAGGGCAACUGGAAAAUAAUACUUUGCUCAGAAUUAAUAGGCUUAGAGUUCAGGUUAGAGACCUGAAUAAUAUGACAUUAUUAUGAACUUCUGUUUUACAUGCUUUUAUUUAUUACAAUUGAGGCCUUAGCAUAUACUUGAUUUAUAAGGAAAAAAAACUUUAUAAAAAACAUUGAGUUAUGUGGCAGUGGUACAGAGAAAAGACAUUUUUGUUUUAAAUUAUUUGGUGCAUGACAGGAUAUAGUUACUUCUAACAAUAAUGUAAAGUAUGCACCAAUUAGCCAUAACAUUAUGACCACAUGCCUAAUACUGAGUAGGUCCUCCCUUCUGCAACCAAAACAGUGACAUGCUGUGUGCUCUGUCACCUUUGUAUCAGAGCCAGCAUUAAGCUUUUCAGCAAUUUGAGCUACAGUAGCUCUUAUAUUGGAUCAACCUACACAGGCCAGCCCUUGGUCCUCAUGUGCAUCAGUGAACCUUGGCCACCCAUUACCCUGUCGCCAGUCCACCGAAUUUUCUUCCUUGGACAACAUUUGAUAUGUCCUGAUUAUUGGAGACUGGGAACAUCCCACAAGAGCUGCAGUUUUGAAUUUGCUCCGGUCCUGGUGUCUAGAUAUCACAGUUUGGCCCCUUCUCACUGUAGCUACAGUUACAAUAUCUCAUUACAUAGGCACCUGGAAGUAGGUGGGAUAUUUUAGGCAGCUAGAAUAUACUUUCUCCCUGAAGCUGAUGUGUUGACAAUGAAAAAAACAAUGAAUGGGCAAGCAUGAGGAUUUUGGUGACUUUGACAAGGGCCAAAUUGUGAUGACUAGAGGACUGGGUCAGAGC